AGUGACAGUUUCCGGGUCGCCGAGGCCGCCCGGCGGCUCAGGCUUCGGGCUGUGCUGCUGUCCGGUCUAUGGAGUCAGCGGGUGGCCGUGGCGUCGCGGAGGCCGGCGGUGCUGCGCGAGUCGGGGCCUGUGGCCCGCCAGGAUGCUGCCGGGCUUGGCCGCCGCCGCUGCGGCACACAGAUGGAGCUGGUCCUCCGUGUGGCGGCUCCGUCUGCGCUGCAGGGCGGCGGCCCGCGGCUCCAGCGACCGCCUGGAAUGGCAGAAUGUGGUGACAUUUGGACGCUUUGCAAAUGUAGCUCCUUGUGGUCGACCAUAUGCUUGUAUACUAAGUCCAGUAAAGCUGUACUCUACAAAUGUCCAGAAAGAAGGGCAGGGUUCUGAAACUCCCAGAGUGGGAAAAGUACCAUCAUUUGAUGAAACAGUGGAAAAUAUAGGUGCGGAACUCAAGGCUCCACUGAAAGAACCUCUCCAAGUAAGAGUCAAAGCAGUCCUUAAGAAAAGGGAGUAUGGAUCUAAGUACACACAGAAUAAUUUCAUCACUGGAGUCAGAGCAAUCAAUGAGUUCUGCCUUAAAUCCAGUGAUCUAGAACAGCUGAGAAAAAUCAGGCGGCGAAGUCCUCAUGAAGAUACGGAGUCUUUUACUGUGUACCUGAGAUCAGAUGUGGAGGCAAAAUCUUUGGAAGUUUGGGGAAGCCCUGAAGCUCUUGCCAGAGAGAAGAAACUACGCAAGGAAGCAGAAAUAGAAUAUAGAGAACGGCUGUUUAGAAACCAAAAAAUAUUAAGAGAAUAUAGAGAUUUCUUGGGAAAUACCAAGCCACGCUCUGGAACGGCAUCAGUGUUCUUUAAGGGACCAGGAAAAGUGGUGAUGGUUGCCAUUUGCAUCAAUGGAUUAAACUGCUUCUUUAAGUUUCUUGCCUGGAUUUAUACGGGAUCAGCAAGUAUGUUUUCAGAAGCUAUACAUUCAUUAUCUGAUACUUGUAAUCAGGGGUUACUAGCCGUGGGCAUCAGCAAGUCAGUACAGACACCAGACCCUUCACACCCGUAUGGAUUUUCAAAUAUGCGCUACAUUUCUUCACUAAUUAGUGGUGUUGGUAUUUUCAUGAUGGGAGCAGGAUUAUCUUGGUACCAUGGAGUCAUGGGAUUGCUUCAUCCUCAGCCAAUAGAAUCUCUUCUAUGGGCAUAUUGUAUUUUAGCAGGAUCAUUGGUAUCUGAAGGAGCUACACUUCUUGUUGCUGUAAAUGAACUUCGUAGGAGUGCUCGGGCCAAAGGAAUGUCAUUUUACAAGUAUGUGAUGGGAAGUCGUGAUCCUAGCACGAAUGUCAUCCUGUUGGAGGACACUGCUGCAGUGCUGGGUGUGAUGAUAGCAGCCACUUGCAUGGGUCUUACGUCUGUAACAGGCAAUCCACUGUAUGACAGCCUGGGUUCUUUGGGAGUGGGCACCUUGUUAGGUGUGGUCUCAGCUUUUCUCAUCUACACUAACACAGAGGCCCUCUUGGGGCGAUCCAUCCAGCCAGAACAAGUGCAACGGCUUACUGAGCUAUUGGAGAACGACCCUUCAGUAAGGGCAAUUCAUGAUGUUAAAGCCACCGAUCUGGGAUUAGGUAAAGUCAGAUUUAAGGCAGAAGUAGAUUUUGAUGGACGAGUUGUUACAAGAUCCUAUUUGGAAAAACAAGACUUCGACCAAAUGCUGCAAGAAAUUCAAGAAGUAAAAACUCCAGAAGAACUAGAGACAUUUAUGCUUAAGCAUGGAGAAAAUAUUAUUGAUACCUUAGGAGCUGAAGUUGAUAGACUUGAGAAGGAACUAAAAAAACGAAAUCCUGAAGUUCGGCAUGUAGAUUUGGAGAUACUGUAAGCAUCACCUUGGGAGCACGCUUUUCCAACCACUGGACGUGGCCUGUUUUCUCCUUGUCCAUGCUGACCACAGCGCCAUCCAGUGGCCAUCGCGCCUGAGAGGAAGGAAGCGCUGUGCUAGAACAGCAAUGGAACAGGCCACAGACAGAACUAGAGCUGCCUUACUUGUGGAUGACACAUCACAAGUCAGAUCACUCUGCAGCUGGCGAACGCGCUGCUACUUCAGUUGUUGAUAAUUUCUCAUUCUAGCCUGCCAGUGUGUAUUGUACCUUGCAAUCAUGUUUCCUUGCUUCCCAU